AUGUCCUUCUACAAUCCUGGCAUACCAAACGAAGGGUCUGGCUUUUACCAGCCUUCAGCGCAGUUCCAAGUCCCCCAAGGCUCCAUGUCUUUCACACAGCAACCCACAGCACAAGCGUUCUCGCAAGAUCCUCUUCCCCAGGGAUUGCUCAAUGCAUUGUCUACCAAAGGUCACCCACACGAACUGCCACUUUUGGAAGAGAUUGGGAUCAAUUUCAACCACAUUCUAGCCAAGACUAAAGUUGUUUUGCAACCCUUGCAGCGAGCCGAUUCUUUGUCGGCCGAAGUCAUCGCAGAUUGCGACCUCGCAGGUCCGCUGAUAUUCUGUCUUCUUUUUGGCACUCUGCUGCUAGCAGCGGGUAAAGUUCAUUUUGGUUACAUCUACGGCGUGGCACUUUUUGGCACGAUCUCUCUACACACCCUGCUUCGACUUAUGGGCAGCGAGGAAAACAAACCUAAAACUGACCAACUUUUUCUAAGAACAGCUUCAAUACUUGGGUAUUGCUUCCUACCGCUGUGUCUUUUGUCGCUCGUUGGCGUUUUUAUCCCGCUCAAUAACGUCCUUGGCUACGUACUGGCUUUGUUGUUUGUGUGUUGGUGCACUUGGUCAUCCUCCGGAUUUUUCACUGUAGCUUUGCAUCUACACAACACCAGAGUUUUAAUUGCCUACCCACUCUCGAUAUUUUACAGUGUUUUUGCACUUAUGGCUAUAUUUGUGUAA